AUGAAUAAUACAACGUCAAGUCCAGUGGUAGAAAGUGAACCAGAAAUUCUUGUCUUCGAACAUUUCUACGAGAGACAGAUUUUUGCGGCAAUUGUCAUCACUGUGUUCAUUCUUGGCACAAUUGGUAACAGCUUCGUCAUCGUCGCUGUUGGUUUAUCCAAGAAACUCCGAACGACCACCAACGUCUUUGUUGUCAAUUUGGCCGUCGCUGACCUACUGACCUGCUUCGUCCUGCCCUGGCAGGCUGUGGCGGUCCUGGGAGGAGAUGACUGGCCGAUACCGCGGGCACCAUGGGUUUGCACUGCUACUGCCUUCGUCAUCUUGGUCACAAUCGGAUGCAGCAUGAACAACCUAGCUCUGAUCGCAGUCAACCGUUGGGUGGGCAUCACCAAGUCUCGCUUCACCACCCGUCGCAUCUACACCGCCCGUAAGCUCGCUCUGAUGGUCAUCUUCUCCUGGGCUAUACCGCUCGUUUGCGGCCUGACGCCUGUUAUGACAGACUUUGGUGAACUGGGCUUCGAAAAGCUGUACAAAUCCUGCACAUGGCUUUUAUCAAAUCCGUACACUAGAACCCACAGUCUGGUAACUGCAGGAAUCUACUACCCAACACAACUGAUUGUUAUCACUGUCAGUUACAUUUCCAUUUUUAACUACGUUCGUAAGACGUCACAAGAGACGAUGAUAUCGACACAAGGAAACGAAGCGACGAGAAUACGAAUCUUUAAGAGACAACUUGACGUCACCAAGAACUUGGUGCUUGUCGUCUUGGCGUUUAUUAUUUGCUUCACGCCCCGCUUCGUUUCAUUUAUAAUCUCCCCAAAAUGGAUCUACAAAUUCGAGAUCUGGAGUGCUACCAUUUUGUUCAGCAACAGCAGCGUCAACCCCAUCAUAUACGCAACCUCUCACCCAGACUUCAAACAACUUAUCGGUCACCUGAUAAGGUAUCGGCAAACCCCCCAAGAUGAUCCAAGUCAGAGGAUAAGAGCAGCAGAAUACACCAUCAGCGCCUCUACCAACCAGGAAUGCCAAGAGCACGAAGACCACAGAAUGUGA